ACAAUUGUUACUACUUUUGUUUUCCCUGGAUUAGUAAAAAAUAGUUGGACUGGUUUUACCGGUGGUAAUACUUAUGUAUUAUACACCACAAAAUUUCCACAUUAAGGCGGAAUAGUGCAACCAACCAUGCAAUCCACAAAAACUCGACGCAUUAAAAGCGAAUGCGAAUUAACUUAUGAUAGAUAUAUGACCACAGAUUCUAUUAUAAGCUAUUAUUAUGCAGUCAUUAAUUAGAAGCACAGUAAGCUUUUUAAUUAGUUUUAAGCUCCUUUGAAUAAUAGAAAUGCCGAAAAUUAUAAUUAAAACGAGUGUAGCUAUUUUUCUACUGCAUUUAACAUGCGCAUUUCGAAACGAUAGUGAUGUUAUUCAUCCUCUAAACCCGGAAGUGAAAUCGAUCGUGCUUCCAUUUGAAAGGGCAAAGGCAAUACGUGGGUGUUCUGAUUGUCCUAAUAGCAGAGCCUCGUCUGGGAAGAAGGCUUGUUUCACAAUUAGAUGCAAACCUUUGGGAACGAGAUGUUCUCAAGUCCCUGAACUUGGUCACAAAUAUGUAACAGCUUCCUCCCACCAUUGCAGACGACGACCGGAUGGCCAAAGAGGAGCUAGUUUAUUUUGUUGUGAGAAAGGAAGCAAAGAAGCCUUAAAUAUCUUCGCCUUGAGAGCACGUCCGAAUCAGUACCCUCACCACGUGUACUUGGGAAUCAAAACCAUCGAUGUGGAAACGGAAAAGGUUCAUUACCUUCACUGUGGAGGAACAAUUAUUAAUCGCUGGUGGAUUCUGACAGCCGCACACUGCACUCAUGGCCCACCCACCAAAGAGGGUGGCAAACCUCUCAAGGUGAUGAUGGUCGUCGCAGUUGUCGGACAAAAUCAUAUUCAAGUUGCUGAGAGGGAUAACCGCUACGAAGUUGAUCUGGAAAGAUCUGUCAAUCAUCCUAAUUUUUCUUACAAUCCUCUUCUCCAUGAUAUCAGUUUACUUCGAUUAAAGGAGCCUUUAAGUCUCAAUGGGUUUGUUCGACCCCUCCAGAUUGCAAAUUUAUCAUUCUUAGAGGAAGGAUUUGUUGAAAUUGUGGGGUAUGGAAAAACAGACUUGACUCAAUCUUUAAGUGUCCUUUUGACUGAUACGGCAACAAUCAUGAACAAUACGCGUUGUGCUUCACUCACAAGCUCCCCAAAACCGGCGACUUUGAUGUGUAUCGGAGGAGAAAAUGAAGCUGUUCCAAAUCAAGGAGAUUCUGGUGGUGGUGCAAUAUGUCGAGAUGACGACAACGAGCCCGUUCUUUGUGGAAUAAUUUCCAACAUAAGCGAACAUGUGAUAUGUGACAAGGGGAGUAGAAAACGGUUGAAUAUUCGUCAGGGGGAGGCGUUACCUUCCGGUUGUGGGUAUCCACCUGCAAUCUUCACUCGAGUGUCAAAGUAUUAUGAUUGGAUUAUGGAGAACAUUGGCGAUUCCUACUAUUUUGAAGAACAUUGAAGAAAUAUGCAGCGAACAUUGCAUCAGGACAAAGCCAGAGCUCGUGAUACAUUUCACUCGUAAUCGAUAUGUAUGUACACGCAUCUGUGCAUAUGUUCCUGGAUUGCAAUUAGAAUAGUUUUUAAUUCAGGGUAUUACGUCACGUCAAUAAAAGUGUCCCGACAGUACAA